GAGCAAUGACCAUCACUGACCUUUUGUGGUUAUUAGUGAAGUCAUCAAGGUACAGCAGAUCUCUCUUGCAUUCUAAAGCCUCGCGACCCCUCUCGGCUACCGGCUAUAGCCCGAUGCAGUAGCCGUAUGGCAAUGGCACUUCAUUCGUUGUUGUCGUUCGAAAGUACGACUCAGACCCUGGUCGGCAUCUGUGUCCGACCCCUCCUCCAAUCCACAUGACGGAGCUUCGAACCGAACGACCUAUAUACAUGUCGAUAUUGACGACUCGGAAGUUUUUGUGAACCUUGCUUUCUGUACCUUUUCAACUCAUAUUGAGAAACAAUCUCGUGGAGAACUGGAUGAAGUCAGAAUCCUUCAAUCCUUGCCCUAUGCUUAUCAAUAAACUCCUGCAGUCCGCCGAUCUCAACCCUCACUCACUACCGACAUAAGUAUUGACCUUCUGGCACAUCGUCCUUGCAAGUUCUUGACGACUCAGAGCUAGAUUACAGUCCUGCUUUCACAAUAUUUACCACAUCUGCGAGCGAAUGCAGGCGUCUUGAGCUGCCACCAUGGGUUCAGCAGGGGAAAGCAUUCCAUAUUCGGUACCUAAAGAGGCGCAAAGGAUCUUCGAGCAAGAGAUCUUGAACAAUCCUCUUGUUCCAGAAUUACCGGGCGACAUCAAGGAUGCGGCAAAACUGGUUCACUUCUCUGGUAAUGACUUGCCAAGCAUCCCGAUCAAUUGGCGCUUCGCGGAAAGUGCUGCGGCACUGAAGGCAUUCGAAGCAAGCAUGCUGAAUUUGCUGCGGGCGAGGAAAUAUGGAGCUCCGUUUUCCAAGGUGGACAUCAACACGGAUCACGCUUCGCUAUUCGUCAUGUCGCCGAUGCUUGCUCAGAUAGUCGGCCAAGAAAGCUCGAGCGGAGGACAGAAUGUUUUCAGCACGGACGCGCUGGCCAAGGUCGGCAUUCAGAACUGUGAUCUGCAUAGAGCCGGUGCAUCUCCGCAGAGAUCGCUCAUCACAAACAUCUACAGGACGAAGGAUGGCCGAUACUACCACGUGCAUGGAAGCAUGAACCCGGAUCCAACUCUCACUGCUCUCGGCCAGCCUUUGGAUGGCGAUCCGAAGGAGGAGUACGACUCUGCCGUGAAGAGAUUCCAGGAUGUUGUUGGUCAUUGGAAUUCCAAGGACCUGGAUAUACUCAUGAAUGAGAAGUAUCGACAGGCAGGCACAAUUUGCUGGUCCAAGGACGAAUUCUUCCAAACCGAGCACGGCAAAGCCAACGCCCAUGUCGGCUUGUACGAGAUCCAAAAGGCUCCCGAGUCCAAGCAGGCCGCAUCUUGGUGGCCAGAAAACGGGUCAAAUCCAUCGUCAGCUCAGCGGCCGCUCGCUGGAUUAAAGGUCGUCGACCUCACCAGAGUGAUUGCUGCACCUGCAGUCACUCGUGGUCUUGCUGAACUCGGGGCUAGUGUGAUUCGCGUCACCUCUCCUCACGUCACAGAUCUCUCAGGCGUACACCAGGAUCUGAACUGGGGAAAGUGGACGACGUUCUUGCAUUUGAAGAACGAAGAGGACCGUUUGAAGCUCGUUGAGCUCAUCAAAGAAGCCGACAUCGUUGUCGAAGGGUAUCGUCCAUCAGUCAUGGAGAAGUAUGGCCUGAGUCGGAAAGAUAUUUUCGAGCUCGUCAAGGAUCGGGAGCGCGGAAUCAUCCACGUCAAGGAGAAUUGCUAUGGCUGGCAUGGACCAUGGCAGCAUCGCAGCGGCUGGCAGCAAAUCAGUGACGCCUGUUGCGGCACUUCUCUGGCUUAUGGCCGGGCCAUGGGCCAUGAUGAGGCAGUCACUCCAAUCUUCCCGAACUCGGACUACUGCACAGGAAUCGCAGGCGCAUGCGCAAUUCUGCAUGCUGUGAUGAAGCGAGGCGAAGAAGGCGGCUCCUAUGGGGUUGACGUCUCACUGAAUUACUACUCGCAAUGGUUAGUGCGCUCCGUUGGCGAAUAUCCCACGGACGUGUGGAACGAGGUCUGGUCUCGACAUGGCUCGCCCGUGUUCCGCAACUACCACAGCAUGCUGUAUACACUCCCUUCCAUGAUCGGCCUCUUGAAGCAGCACGAUUCCAAGACGUUGUUCAAUCCGGCAUUCUUCGAGCAGAGGACUUCCAAGGCCGUGGGGCACGACUUUAUCGUGGUGAAGCCUAUUGCGGAUUACCAUGGAGAGGUUGAGCUGAAGUACAACGUUGGAACGCGAGGCAAUGGCUGCCUGGCUAUAGCAUACCAACUGCUGGCUGGGGCUGAGAACAGGUGUGGAGGUGAUACAAAUUCCAGCUUCACCCAUCCUGCUCAGCUCCACGGAAGCAGCCAAAGCAAUGCAUCGCCACGAAGGGAACAAGAUCCUCCAAAGCAACUGAGCACGGCAUGGCUCAUGAUCGAUUGUGCUCUGUUCUUGGUUGCCUUCGGAUUGGUCAACUUGUCAAACAAUUGUGAUGUUGCUGCGAUCACUUUCAUGGCAUUCUUCGCCACCUCCCUGACAUAUCUUGCUGGAGAGAUCGACGAGACCGAAUCUGCCUUGAGGGUCUUUCUCAGACUGCUCAGUAUCUGCUUCAUCGCUGACGUUCUGAAGCUGGACCAGACAGACAUGCAGAGGAUUGCAAAGUGAGGCACAUGCCUCGUCACCGGAGAGCUGCACACGCUUAGUACACGGUGCAUCCUGCCGCCUCACCUGGACCGGAUACUCGUGAUUCCCCCGGAGGUGGAUCUUUGAGCUGCAAAGCGUCACCGGAACCAAUUACCUGGUUUCGUUUCACGAAAAUAAUGCUACCAGGCACUCAAAGACGCUGAGCGUCUGUGUACGCAUCGAAGCUCAUUCAGGUGGGAAGUACAGGGCCUCUUCAGCCUCGGGUUGGUACGACGAUGCAGCGCAAGCUCUUGCGAAGCAAAGACAAGCACUGUUGGCACGCGCUGUGGCACCUUCACGAUGCAAGAUAAAUUCACAGCUCUUCGUCACGUUCGUGGUCCAUCAACAACCUCACUCAACAUCUGCACACGACCAUCGUCUCCCUUCAUCUCCCAAACAUGCAGCUCUCGAUCACUACGCUUUCGGCCAUCCUUGCUGCACUUGCCAGUCAUCCGGCUCUCGUUGCAGCAAAUGGCUGCUACUCUGGAGGCGAAACAUGGGGUCAAGUCGCUGACGCCGGCACAAUCGCCGCUGCCCGCGAGACUUUCUGCAACAACAAUGCUGGCGAUUUUGCUGCGGAUCAGACCAAGUCUUCCUGCGCCAACUUCGAUAGCGGAAACAGCAUCAACUGGCAAGUCUCGGAGCCUUUUGCUCAUAGGCCGAAAUGCUGAGCUACUUUCUCAGGUCGGUUCAUAUCAACGGCGUUGGCACGACUCUCUUGAGCAGCGAUUGUGUUGCUGCACUGACAAUCGAGAUCAAUGCUUGCGAGCAUGGAAGUGAACAGGACCAUGGUCGUUUUCAUUACAAGGCUGAUCCAAAUGCGGGAAAGUGCCCGUAAAUCUUCAAGAAUCGAACGUGACAGAUGGUUGAUGGGUAGAUCAGGUGUAUUGGGUAUGCAAGAGCAAGGCUGAGAUUGCAUUUACGCUCGCUACUACGUAUUCUUGUGAUUUCUUUAGCAGCCUGACUUAGGCACAUUGCUGCACUCUC